AUGAAAUUUUUAAUUCUUCUUGGUCUCCUGGGAGCUACACUAUCAGCCCCGCUUAUCCCACAACACCUUAUGUCUGCCAGCAACAGCCAUGAGUUACUUCUGAACCUUAAUAAUGGUCAACUUUUGCCACUGCAGUUUCAGGGCCCAUUUAAUCCAUGGAUUCCUCCCUUCUCUGGCAUUCUACAACAGCAACAGCAGGCUCAAAUUGCAGGACACCCCCAAUUCCCAUUGUCAACUCUAGAUGGGUUUGCUGAACUGUUCCCAAAUCAGAUACCUUUCCCAAGACAAGUCGGUUUUGCCCAGGGAGCCCAGACUGGCCAGCUGGGCCCCUCACAGCCUCAGACACCACCGCGGACUCAACAGGGUCCUAAUCACAUGCUACCCUAUGUAGUUUCACUCAAAAUGCCUCAAGAACACACACAGACAUUUCAAUACUACCCAGUUUACAUGCUCCUGCCCUGGGAACAAGGUCAACAAACUGUCACACAGCCACCCCAACAAACAGGACAGCAGCAAUUUGAGGAGCAGAUACCAUUCUAUACUCAAUUUGGAUACAUUCCUCACCAAGUUGAACCUGGUAUAACAGGAGGACAGCAGCAAUUAGCUUUUGACACCCCCGUAGGCACAGCUCCUGAGACUGGUGUGCCAGAAGAAGGAAUGAUACUACAUUCACAAAAAGAAGUGAUAAACUUUAGGCAUGGCGGUGCAGGAGUUUUUAUGCCUUCAACUUCACCAAAACCUAGCACGACAAAUUUUUUCACUUCUGCUGUAAAUCCCACUAUUGCCCUAGUGCUUCCAGAAGAGAAGGCCAAGACUGAUAGCCUAAAAGAACCAUAA